CUCUUCACUUCUGUUAUCACUACCACAAGGUACAACCCUCUAAAGCACAAACAGAAAAAAAUGACAGUUUCCAUGAGAACCAUGGAGUUCCCCAUGGUACUACUCAAGCUAGCCGACUGGUUCCUCUACCAUUUCCUCGCCAACUCAUGCUACAAAGCCGCCAUGAAGCUCAAGAAAUCCGCCCCCCUCCGCCCCCCGCCGCCGCACCCCAGCCUCUCCAAAUUCAGCGGCGGCGGCCGGGCGUCGCAGACGCUCGUCUGCGACAUCCACCGCUGCCUCCUGCGGUCGCCCUCCUUCUUCCCCUACUUCAUGCUCGUCGCCUUCGAGGGCGGCGGCCCCCUCCGCGCCCUCCUCCUCCUCCUCUCGUGCCCGCUCCUCCUCCUCCUCGACUACGAGGCGAAGAUGCGCGCCAUGAUCUUCAUCACAUUCUGCGGCAUGAGGCGGCGCGGCGUCGAGAGCGUUUCCAGAGCCGUGCUGCCCAAGUUCUACCUCGAGAACCUCAACCUCCACGCCGUCGAGGCGCUGGAUUCCGCCGGAUCUAGGGCCGUCUUCACCGCCGUGCCCAGGGUCAUGGUGGAGCACUUCCUGAAGGAGUAUCUCGCCGUCGAUUCGGUCGUCGGGACCGAGCUCCGCUGCGCCGGAGAAUUCUUCACCGGCUUGGUUUCUCCCGCCGGCUUGGUCGUGAAGCACAGGGCCGUGAAGGAGAUGUUCGGCGACAAGAGGCCCGAUGUCGGCAUCGGAGCCUCCACGCUUCAUGAUCAUUUGAUGAUCUCUCUAUGCAAGGAAUCAUAUGUUAUAACAAGAGAAGACAACGCCAAAAGCAGCGCAAUAAUGCCAAGAAGCCGAUACCCAAAGCCCCUAGUCUUCCACGACGGCCGGCUGGCUUUCCUUCCGACGCCGGCAGCGUCGCUCGCGAUGUUCUCGUGGCUCCCCGUCGGUAUCCUCCUCGCCGUCUUCCGCCUCUUCAUCGGCAUCUGCCUCCCCUACAACCUCUCCAUCCUCCUCGGCACCGCCACCGGCAUCGACCUCCGCGUCUCCGGCGGCGCGCCGCCCCCGUCCGCCGACGGCAGGGGCGUCCUCUACGUGUGCAGCCACCGCACCCUCCUCGACCCGGUCUUCCUCAGCACCGCCCUCCGCAAGCCCCUCACCGCCGUCACCUACAGCCUGAGCAAGAUGUCGGAGAUCAUGGCGCCGAUCCGCACGGUGCGGCUGACGCGCGACCGGGGGCGCGACGGCGCGACGAUGCAGCGGCUGCUGGCGGAGGGCGACCUGGUGGUGUGCCCGGAGGGGACGACGUGCCGGGAGCCGUACCUGCUCCGGUUCAGCUCGCUGUUCGCGGAGCUCGCCGACGAGAUCGUGCCGGUGGCGGUGGACACGGAGGUGGGGAUGUUCUACGGCACGACGGCGGGCGGGAUGAAGUGGCUGGACCCGAUCUUCUUCCUCAUGAAUCCGAGGCCGGUGUACGCCGUGAGGAUUCUGGAGAAGGUGCCGAGGCGGCUGACGUGCGGCGGCGGGAAGACGAGCCACGAGGUGGCGAAUUAUAUACAGAGGGAGUUGGGGGCGGCGCUAGGGUUUGAAUGCACGAAUUUGACGAGGAGGGAUAAGUAUUUGAUGCUGGCUGGAAACGAUGGGGUGGUGAAGGAGAAGAAGACCAAGAAUUCAUAGAUAUUGUAAUCAUUCUUUUUUUUUUUUUUUGGUUGGGGUAAGAGAUUAAUGAUUUUUUAAUGUGAAAAUAGAUUAAUGGUUGCUAGUUUUUAUGAGUAUAGUCUUCUUAAUAUUUUGAUUGGCGCCAACUUUUGAGUGUGAAAUGUAUUCGAAAUAUCUAAAUGGAAAUAUAUAUAUAAAUAUAAAUACGAUGUUGUUUCA